AAAUCGAUAAUUUAGCUUAUUUCACAUAAGCAAAAUGAUUAGUAUUUUAAUAUUUGGCUCUAAUUUAUUUAGCCAAGGAUUGUUUUUUAUUUUUUAGGUCAAAAGAGAUUCGCACGCGUGCAUACUAGUAAUUAGUUAAGAGAAAGCAAAUACAGUAUCUGAAACAGAUAGAGAGAGAGAGAGGAGAGAUAAUGGUGUUCUACUUCAAGGCGCGAGCGGAGGCAGGAGGAGAUUACACUAUCUUCAUGGGUUUAGACAAAUAUGAGAAUGAGGAGCUUAUCAAAUUCGGCUUCCCCGAAGACAUUUGGUUCCAUGUAGACAAGAUGUCUUCAGCCCAUGUUUAUCUCAGACUACCAAAAGGUCAAACCAUCGAUGAUAUACCUGAAAGUGUAUUGGAAGAUUGUGCGCAACUAGUGAAAGCAAAUUCCAUCCAGGGAAACAAAGUAAACAAUAUUGAUGUUGUCUACACUCCCUGGCAAAACCUUAAGAAAACGGCUUCUAUGGAAGUUGGGCAAGUUGGUUUCUACAAUCAAAAAAUGGUUCGAACCGUGAAAGUGGAAAAACGAUUGAAUGAGGUAGUUAACAGGUUAAACAAGACAAAGGUUGAAAGAAAGCCAGAUCUAAAAGCUGAACGGGAGGCGGUUAAUGCAUCCGAAAUAGCAGAAAGGAAGCAUCAGCUGAGAGACAAAAAACGUCGAGAAGAGCUGGAAAAGCUUGAGAAGGAGAGACAGGCUGAGCUGAGGAGCUACAAAAAUUUGAUGGUGGCGGAGAAGAUGACAUCCAACAAGGACACAGCAUCAGCCAGCAAAUCCGUGCAGGAAAUUGAAGACGAUUUCAUGUGAUUUUAAUUGCGUUUUUUCGCAAUGUAAAUACAAAACCAAAUAGAUUUUUGAUACACUAUUGGUCUUCUUCUAGUCCCAACUUGGUCAAAAAUAAGUAUUUGGGAACGAAGAUGUACAAUUUGGAAGAGAUGGACUAUCAUCGAAUAUGAUAGUCUGUUGUUUUCAUAUAUGUAACUAUAGUUAUAAAGAUUGGUCAGGAGUCUUCAAGAAUUUGUUGAUACUCGAUGUUUAAAACACAACAGAAUAAAUGAAUCGAGACUUUUAGCAAAA